AUGUCGCUGUACAAGCCAUCCCACCGCGGCAGUGAAUUCUGUGGCCCCACUGUUGAUGGCGUCAAGACUGAGAAACCACUGGAGAGCUUAGGAUGGCAGCGUCCAUACCAGGUGAUCACUGCCCGAGUGCACCCGGGAGAGAGCAAUGCCAGCUGGGUGAUGAAGGGGGCCCUGGAGUUCCUGGUCAGCAGUGACCCUGUGGCUAGACUCCUAAGGGAAAACUUCAUUUUCAAGAUCAUUCCCAUGCUCAAUCCAGACGGUGUCAUCAAUGGCAACCACAGAUGCUCACUGAAAGGGGAGGAUUUGAACAGACAGUGGCUCUCUCCCAGCGCUCGUCUCCAGCCAACGAUCUACCACGCCAAAGGGCUCCUGUACUACCUGAGCAGUGUUGGCCGAAGUCCCAGGGUCUUCUGUGAUUUCCAUGGCCACUCUCAAAAGAAGAAUGUAUUCCUUUAUGGCUGUAGCAUCAAGGAGACCUUGUGGCAAGCAGAGUCUAGUGUGGGCACAUCGAAUCUCUUGGAAGACAUCGGCUACAGGACUCUUCCCAAAAUCCUUGAUAAGCUCGCCCCAGCAUUCACGAUGAGUAGCUGCAGCUUCCUCGUGGAGAAAUCCCGAGCCUCCACGGCCCGGGUGGUGGUGUGGAGAGAGAUGGGGGUGUCCAAAAGCUACACCAUGGAGAGCAGCUACUGUGGUUGCAACCAGGGACCCUAUCAG